GCUGCGUUUGGAGCUCAGGGGUCCUUCCCCGCCGUCGCCGCGUCCCGCCCCCGCCUCCCCGGGUGGCGGCGGCUCGUCCCCUCUGCCCGCGCGGGCCGGGCUCCUGUAGUUUCUGGACCUUUCACCCUCGGGAGACCCUGCGCUCCGCUGGGACCCCUUCCGGAGGCCGGCGACCCCUUGCUGCCGUCCCCAACUCCUCCAGGACAUUGUCGGAAGCGCUCGGCAACCUCAGGGCAAGCGUGGAACUCCCGGGGGCCGCGGUGUGGGGCGCGUGGAAAGGCACCUCCUGCAGGCCAACGUCCCCGGAGCCCGAAGCCCGGCUGCUCCGAGCCAGUCGGACGCUGAGGCCGCGCAGGCAGCACCGUGACCUGCGGUCCCUGCCCGAGCUUCUCCUCUGAGCUUGGGGCUGGAAGAGGGAACCGACCGCGGAGGUCCGGGGGGACCUUGGUUAUUUUUCAUCCCUUUGCUUGCCAGGAACAGGGAUUGGAUGAAGUAGCUGCAUCCAGGGUCUGGGGAGAUUGGAGGAGUCGCGGAGGACUUGCCCCUGGAGAGAGGCUUGUGCAGUGCGGGUCACAGAGGAGGAACCGCCAGUGUGUGGGGUUGGUCGGGUGAGAAAGGACCGAAGUCCUCGUUCUCCCACAGCAAGCCCAGAGCUGCUAACCUGGAGCCUUGGAUGCAGACCUGGCCUUUCAGAGCUCCUCUCCCCUCCCCCAGCCUUGUCAUUUCAGCAUUCCUCUCGCCCUGUGGGGAGGAAGGCCAACCAAGUCCCAGGGCCUAGCCCAGUCCAGAGCUGUGCCAUGGCAGAGACUGGGGAAGAGGAAGCGGUGUCAGCAGAGGCCUCAGGGUUCUCAGACUUGAGUGACUCGGAAUUUCUGGACCUGGAAGAUACCCAGCAGGCAAGUGCUUCACUUAGCAAGCCUGGUCCUUCUUCUGAACUCCCUGGGAAGGAUGGCAAGCCCAUAAGCUUACCAAAGUGGAAAGGAGGAUUGGAUGUCUCAUCACCCAUGGAGCGAUUCCACCUUAAGUAUUUGUAUGUGACUGACCUGUCUACUCAGAACUGGUGUGAACAGCAAAUGGUAUAUGGGAAGGAGCUUCCUGGUUUCUUGGCACCUGAGAAGGCAGCUGUUUUGGACACUGGUGCCAGCAUCCACCUGGCUAGAGAACUAGAAGUUCAUGAUCUUGUGACUGUCCCUACUACCAGCAAAGAAGAUGCAUGGGGAAUUAAGUUUCUGAAUAUGUUAUCAAUGAUUCCUACCCUGCAGUCAGAAGGGCGCAUCAGAGAGUUUCCAGUGUUUGGAGAAGUAGAGGGUGUGCUUCUUGUUGGAGUGAUUGAUGAGCUUCACUAUACACCCAAGGGGGAACUGGAACUGGUUGAACUCAAGACACGCAGACGCCCCAUGCUCCCUCUGGAAGCUCAGAAAAAAAAAGACCGUUUUCAAGUCAGCCUGUACAAAUAUAUCUUUGAUGCUAUGGUACAAGGGAAAGUGACCACUGCUAGCCUAAUCCACCACACAAAAUUGCAUCCAGAAAAGCCACUGGGACCUUCAGUGCUGAGGCAUGCCCAGCAGGGAGGCUUCUCUGUGACGUCCUUGGGUGACCUCAUGGAACUGGUCAUCUUGUCUUUAACACUGUCUGACCUUCCAGUCAUUGACAUUCUGAAGAUUGACUAUAUCCACCAAGAGACUGCCACUGUGCUGGGUUCAGAGAUCGUGGCCUUUGAAGAGAAGGAGCUGAGAGGCAAAGUGCAGCACUAUGUGGCCUACUGGAUGGGCCACCGAGAGCCUCAAGGGGUUGAUGUAGAGGAGGCUUGGAAAUGCCGGACAUGCAACUAUGCAGAUAUCUGUGAGUGGAGGAAGGGUGGUGGGGUGCAUAGCUCCAUGCUAGAGCCCCAGGCCAAAACCAAAUGAAAAGAAGUUAUGCCUUAAGGGACUUUGACCCUUCCUGCUUCUGAUGUACUCAGUAGAGUAAAAGAGGACCAGUUGCUGAGCUGGGCUUUCAUGGAGAGUAUUUUAUUUUGGUUCUUUUCAUAUUUUCUCAACCUCUAACCAUUCAAAUCUAGGACCAAGGCUCGGGUGAGUGGGAGAGAUCUGGGAUUAUACUAUAGUUGGGGCUUUGGCAUAGAUUGCCAAGAAGACAGACGCUCGUCAUGGCUGGAACAAAGGUAUCCUUCAGCAAUCACUGCUUUCCUAAGAAGAUUCUUUAGCUUCUGUUAAGUUUUGUCCUUAUUUUUUCUCAAUUAAGGCUUUCUACAUUUUAUAUAAUAAAAUAAAAUGAAACACUGCCA